AAUUAAAACUUCAAAACAAUGUCAAUGUGACUGACACUUUUCAAAACAAAAUAAAUGGCUCUUAAGAAUUUCUCAAGAUUUAGCCAGUUGUACUUUAACAGCAUCCUACGAUCAUCUAGUAUAACAUCCAAUGCAUUAAGUAGAAGCUUUAUAACUUUAACUAUCAAUAAUAAAAGCUAUCCAGCACUCAAAAAUGGUACAAACUCAAUCAGCUUAGUCUGUGAACAGAAAAGGUACAAAUAUGAUAAAAAAGGAUCAACAAAGCAGUCGGCAGAAGUAGAUUCCGAUGAUGAAUUAAGUGAAUUCGAUGAUGUUGACAAGCAGAAAAUAGCAAAAAUAAAGGUGCAAUCUUUACGUGCUGAUCUGCUGCUUAAAGUUGCUCUUGGAAUAGCUCGAAACAAGAUUGAGGCUUCCUUUUAUGAAGGGAAAAUUCGACUGAACGGGAAGAAACUUUCGAAGAAAAGUGUUCAUUGUAAUGAAGGAGAUGUCCUAGAUAUCAUCAAAGGAGACAGUCCUACGAAUUCAGAACAUUUUGUAAUAGGAAGACUAGAGAUUUUAUCAGUUGAAACUGACGGUGAAGAGUUCAUCUACUUGACAGUCAAACGAUUCAAGUCGCUCACUGUUGAGAAAGAGGAAUUUAAGCAUCAUCAAUAAUUGUAGUACAAUUAAACUAGAAUUUGAGUCAAUAAAUUUUUAUUUUAAAAUUAACGGUUG